ACGGAUAAACACCUUUUGGACUUACUGUGGUUAAUCAACUGUUACUAAACCAUGUUUGGCACAAUCCAAGUGGGUUAUCAAGUCACAAAAGCCACGGGAUUAGGAAACUUGCAUACCUCCAAGGCCUACUGUGUCUUUCAUUGUUUUGGAAAGCCGUGAUCAGAGACAGAAAACUGAAGAGUUAUCUUGCAUCACAAUAUGGCCUCAGAAUCUACAUACCAACACCAGUCCUCUGACAAAGAAAACAUUCCUUUCAAUGAUAAAGAUCUGGCUGGAAUCUCUUCUGAAAACAUGAAGGAGAAUGAUGAGAUGGCUCUGACUGAGUCAGAUGUGGAUGCAAGAGUCACUCAUGAUGCAGAGGAAUACAGAACUGAGAGUCCCAGACGUGUGCGGGACAUUCACCUGGAUGGGACAACGGAUAAUAUGCCGAAUGUGGAUCCUUACAUGUUGGAUGGGAAAGAUUUGGACAUUCAAUCUGAGGCUGGAGGGCAAGCAGGCAGUGUGUGCUCCAGCCUCAGUACACGUUCAUGGAAAUCUACUCGAACACCUCGGACUCCGAAGACAAGAACCUCUACAAGUUCUGCGCCUCGGUCUUCAAUUGCAAGUCGGGCCAGAAACAUUAAAGAUCACGAGUCGGGACCUUUUCUCUCUAUUGAUCUCAUGCCUGAGGGAUCCCAGUCUCCAUCUGUUCGAAAAUCGGGAUCAAGGCUUGGCAAGUCGUCGCUCCAUAGCAGUCAUCACACAUUGCUCUCGGCAUCCAGCAGUGGUCUCGUUUCACAGCAGUCUGCUCGUAGUGUCGAGGGAGGCCUCAGUCCACGUCGUCCAGAUCUCAGCCAUUUGUCACCUUCCUCAUUUUCCUCACUGACCAGAAAACCAGCGAAGCCAAACGUCAAUGUGAAAAUGCCUUUCAAACAACAUGUUGUGGAUGAAAGUCUCAAAGAUUCGAACAAAGUCAAUCCAGGCAUGGGACUAACAGAGCGUACAGCACUGGCCACCCAUCUCAUUCACAAAGUCUUGAGGGACCAGAGACCGUCCAAGACUCACUACAUCAGUGGAAGGCUGCUAAAAGCCAGGUUGAAGCCUUUAGAGCCUGUGAGGUUCUCUGAGCCGACAAUACGUCAGUGUCGUGGCAUUGUGGCAGAGACGAGGAACUACUCGCCCUGCACCAGCCGUACGUUCCAGAGAUGGAAGGCCAUCAUGUCCGGAGCCCCGGUGCCGAGGGCCCAGGGAGCCACGGCUGGUCGCCAGGACCUUAAGGGGCGGGAGUCCGCCUGUGAGUCGGUUCAUUGCACGUCGGAGGCGUCGUCUCCAGACUUGACCAUUGACCUAAUCAACGACCUCGACGGAAAUGAGCUUGGGGAUGAUGAUGAUGAUUACCUGCUGUCUGACACGGUGGAUAGAGAAAAGCUGGACAGAGAGCUUCUUGGGCCAGAUACAAGAGCUGUGGCAUCUGUCUCUUUGCCCAACUCCAGGUCCGGCCCUUCUCAUGCAGAGGAGUCUCUUGCAGAUAUAGAGGGUCCAAACUUCCAGGUGUCAGGCAGUCCGGAAGCCAAGGAUGAUGUGGGGGAAGUUGGAAUGGCAGAAGAAAUCACUGAGAGGUCUGUUCAGGAGAAUGCUAGCGAAGAGAAGAGAUAUUCACGCACUAGUGAAAGUGCCUUAUCCUGUGGAACUUAUUUCCAGAAUUCGGAACGAAAUGGAGAAGAUGAAAAUGUAAACGUGACUGGGUUGAUGGCAGUUGCUCAAGGUGGACGCCGACCUCACAGCGCCACCUAUCCUCAGGAAGUUUAUACACCGAGAGCUGCAAACCUAAGGCCAAAGACAGCUGUAGAUUCCUCUAGAAAAGCUGUAAGGUUUGCUGAUGAGUCCAGAGUCUUGCAGCCAUGUUCUCAGCAAGAUGCUAAAACGGGUUCAGCGGCUAAUGACAAAUCUAAUGAAAAAAGCGAAGAAAAAUUAAGCGGUAGUAAGAAAGGUAAAUCGUCCUGUCGGCCGCAGUCUUUGGAUAGUGGUUUCCACGACAAGGAUGGUGGAGGGGAUGGCAACGAUGAGGGAAGAGGUCGGACUUUUGUCACGCAGGAGAGUGCUCGUUCUUCUCCGAGUAAGGCGCUUUCAGAGAGUACACUAUCUUCCCAGCAAAAUCACUCAGACUCCAAUGGAGGAAAAAAGCAAGCAGAUUGGUCCUCUGUAUCAAGUGUUUCUUCAAGCUCCUCAUCGAACCAUGUUGGUGUGACGAACAAGGGAGAUCUUCAAGAUGCAGUCAGUCUUGGCGCUUUUGUCGACUCGGACAAUGUCAAAAAUCAGCUGGAAAGGCCCGUUUCUGCUGGGGUGAUGUAUGCAGAAGCAAAGGAAGUGACCCACGCAAGGGUUGGUCGAAUGAAUGUGAAAGACAGAUUAGAUCAAAGAUUUGCCAGGUAUAAAGAGGGAAAACAAAAUACUGCCACACGGAAUUGUCAUGAAAAUGAUUCAGUAAUGAAGAAUUCUGAUAUAAAUAAGAAUGUCGCCAAAAAAGAGACGACUCACUCUAAUUCUUUCAAUGAGGAUACACAAUGUACAGAUCCAGCUCUAAAGUCCGAAGACUCACAGUCUGAACCGGAUCAAUCCUCAAAAUUAAGCCGCACCUUCCAUCGCCCUCCGAGCUCAUCUUCAAAAAAAGCCAAAGCGUACAAAUCCCUGAUUGCGAAAAUGAGAAAAGGCAAAGUGAGGCCAUACAGUGGGUCAGUAUAUGCAGACCGAGAACUCAAAGACAAAAACUCUGUCUCAGGCGCUAGAAGAGACAUACAGGGCACUCCCUCAAAUUUCUCUGAGAGGUCCCACAUUCUUAGCAAACAUGGGCUUUUAGGAAAUUCUGCUUCUAAAAGUUGGCCAGGAAGUACUAAACCUAGGCCUGCAAGCGCUUGCACUGCUCAGGUCAAGAGAGAGAAUGAGAAAUCUUUGAAAAAGGCUACCAUUAAAGUGGAUACUGUUGUGGAGAAGACUGGGCGUGAUAUUAAACAGGAACGUGAUGGCUCACGAUUUGUUUACAAUCAAUAUUUAGAAGUUUUAGCUAGCGGGAGAUCAAGACCCAGAUCAAGCACGAAGGUGACGUUUGCAGAAAAAGAUGACUACUCUGAUGGAUGCCGCAGUGACAGGAGAUCAUCUUCUGGCUACCCUCACGAGCAGUUGCUCUCUGCAAAUAGCCCGAGGCAACUGGAACCUUUUCACAGAGCGUCUCUUACCUUGGGUGGAUCUGCUGAUGAUGCUCACUGUGACCUUGACCAGAUGUGGGAUGAGCUUCCUUGUGACGACUCUGACUGUGAAGAUGCCAACAUUUACGGUCAUAACGAAGGUGAUGACGAUGAAUAUCGUAAAUUUAUGAGCAAGUUUGACCAGCUGGAGUCUGAAUUGAGUGCUGCGACAAGAGAACUCAGACGUGAAACUGCAAGCAUUCAAAAGAAAUUUCUGUCUGAAAACUCGAAGACGCUACAGCAUAACCAGGUGGCAUGUGUGCAUGAUGAAGAUGUGAAACCGACGGCUGUGAUGAGAUUUGAAGGGACCUUCAUAACAGCUGGUGAUGCUGACCAGGUUGAGUUGUUAGAAAUCCAAGACAAGUCAGAAGAAAAUCCAGAAAGCCAGUCUGCGAUCGGUUCACCAAAAUCUACAACUCCAUCAAAAUCCAAAGAAGUAGAGUUUUUAUUUAGUGCGGAAUUUAGUGCUGAUCUCUAUAAAAAGACAAACUUCUACACAGAAGUCACCAAUAAAGACAAGAGACCCAAGAGUGGACAGAAAGAUAGAAACACAUUUGAACGAUCAGAGGGCAAAGAAAAUGACAAACUUGCUAAAGUUGCCAAAGCUAGCUGCUCUCGGCAAUCAAAAAGACCUGUCUCUGCAAAUGCUAAAGAAAAGGUCAAACCUGCGGUCCAUAUUCCGACGUGUGUCACUCUUGAACUCGAUGCAGCAUUUGAGGUAAAAAAAGACACUCGCUCUGAAAAUGAAAAUAAAGAGAGCUUGUCUGGGCAACGCAGAUUGUCUCUUUCUCAAGAAGGGAUGACAGAGGUCCAUGGUUUUGGUGGUAGUAAAGAUUCUGCCUGCGACAGCGGAGACAUUUCCAAGGGUCCAGGAGCAGAUGGAGGGGUCAAAGCCUCGUCCUUGAAGGAGGGCUCAGGGAAGAGUGGCUUAAGCUUAUCAGAACAAGUCAGUGAAGUUGAGAAAGGGAACACUUCAAAUAAUAAACUCCAUGUGUUCAAGUCUACAGCAGAAGUCCCUCAAAAAACUUCUGAGGCAAGUGCGGAUUAUCACAGUUUAAUCUUAGCAUACAGGCAGUCUUGUAUGGAAGAUAGUGAUGAUGAAGGGAGCAAGCGUGAGAACAAGAAACAACGUGGUAGUCAGCCUUUGAACAAGAAAAGCACUAGUAACAAUCUCAAUGGAUCUGCUUUUGGGAAAUUGAGUAAGGACAGACAUGAAAAUAGAAAAGGAACAACAACGUCAAAGGGUGGGGAGAAUGGUAGUAAAAAGUCCAGAGGUGAGAUGUCUUUUGGUAGGAAAGAGGAUGAGACAAAGUCCUCUGGACAACGGCCUGUAAGUGCCGCGACCACAGACAGCGGGGUGGAGAGUGACUCUGCCUCUCAUAAAGGACUUAAAGGUCUUGAAACUAACCACACUAGGAAGUCUCAUGAGGUCGAUAGUGGCUGUGAUAAUUGCCAAUCCAAGGAACCCAUCAUGUCUCAAUUGUCCAAAUCUACUCACGUCAUUGGACUGGAUCAGUCACAUCAUGCAAAUAAGCUCAGUUCUGAUCAGUCGCAUCCAAGUACACAACAUUCAGGAAGUCUCUGCGAUGAAGAGGCUGGAGGUUUGAAGGAAGAGGCAGAGGAAAUGCUCCCAGCACAAGUGCGGCGUAGAUCUCAAGUGUCGGAAGCAGACAGUGCUGUGUCGGAUGCUGAGCCUGUUCUUGGAGAUGGAGAUGAGCUACACUCUGAAAAUAUUCUCCCAGCCACUGCCAAGAUUUCACAAAGCUCCGGUCCUCUGGAAAUUGUUGCAGAGCCAAUAAAGCUUGCCAAAUCAAGAGCUCCCCAACAUGAAGAAGAUAUCUCAGCCUUGUCCAAGCUGCCUCCCCUGUGCUUCCGUCUUAACGCCCGCCCUCCCUCUGGAUUCCUUUACUAUUUUGCCUACGACUCCACCAUGAACCCUGACAGGAUGGCUUCGUACUUGAAGUCAGAGACCAAGCUUAAACGUUUUUGGUCAAUUCUCUUUGGCUUUGGUGUGGUCUUCAAUAAGAAAGGAGGUGGUGAGGACAAGUCAGUUGGGGGAUUCCCCAACUUGGAGCACAACCCGACAUCCUCUGUGGAGGGAUGCAUCUAUCAACUCACGCCUGAGCAGUUGACCUCCCUGGAUCAGUUCAUGGGAUACCCUAUGAUGUCGGAGCAUGUGGUGUUACCCGUGUGGAUGUCCAACUGUACAGAGGGUACAGAGGAUGGUGGGCUGGGGGUGGCUCAGUACUGUGUCCCAGCAGUCAUGUACAUAGCAAAGACUCGAGCAACGUGGCAAGAACCAGUAGAUCCGAACCAGUUCGUUGUGAGCCAGUGCCACAAGGCUGCUGACAUUACGUCACCAGCAUAUCAGGGACAUCUCGCCUCUUUUUCAAGCCCUGUGACCUGUACAUCCCUUGCGCUUGUUGCAGCUUAAAAUUGUCAAAAUGAAAUCGUUUGGGAGGUUUUUUUCUCCCUGUUUUAUCUAUAAUGUGAUAUUACUUUUUCUUGUUGCUAAGCAGAUUUGUUCACAAUCACAUUUAUU